ACAAGCAAGCUAGCUAGCUCGGAAGAACAUACAGCUGCCCCGAAUCUCCAAAAAUACGCCUAUUUUCAACGAUGUUCAAAGGAUUUCCUGUUAUCCAGCGAAUUUUUCUGACAUUUCGAUGAGUUUCAUCAUCUGCUGGUCGAGCAUAAGAACACUCCCAUCGAUGGUUCGUGGAGAGAAAAUGCGUUUACCAAGAGCGAGAUUAUCAAGAACUUGUCUCGGACCGCAAGUCGCAUGUAAAGUGACAUUACGUGGUUUAUGUGCAUAACAAACGAGAGUUUCUUCUGUUUUGAAGACCGAAGUGUGUGUUGGUGAAUGUGAAAUCUUACCCGGUGGAGUCAGCUUACAUAACAACACUGCACUGCAACAAUCUGCGUCGCGUUGGCCUCGAUUCUUUCAACUUUUUUAUUUAGCCAAUCCCAGGGCCUUUACCUUGACUCUGUACUCCCGAGGUAGAAUUCUCACUUGAAAAAAUAUUUGUCAAUUUACUUGCCCUCCACUCAAAUUGUCUAAUUUCUAGUUUUUAAAAACGAUCUAGGUUUUUAUUUAUUUUCAUGAAUUUUUACCCUAUUCAGUAUUCUUUUUAACUGAUCGUGGAUGUGAUUUUGUUUAUUCAUCUGUAUUCUGUGCAAUAUUGUUAGGUAUGCAGGCCUAAAAACAUUUUUAGGAUCGGCCUAACAUUACGCUACGAAUGAUCCUUCCUUGAUAAUUGAUUGGAGACUUAUAAUAAUUGAUGACUUAUGAGUGUUCGUGAACUGAGAGAAAAACUACAAUAACAAUCCAUAUUUUGUGUUUCUGGAUCUAACUUAAGUUAGCUGCUAGAAAUUAUAAGUGCAGAAUGACCUGAAUUUCUUGUGUGUUCCAAACUGAAAUCUACUGUGAAACCAGGAAUUAGCAUCAUUUUCAAAGAGAAAGAACAAUAAUUGUUGGUAAAAUGGCAGCCAUUGUGACAAAUUUCCUACCGGAUUCCCCAAGUCAGGACAACCUGAAAUCUCCGACGACACCUACUACUCCAAGCUCUGUCUUCCCUGGUAUGGGAGAAUGCAACCUUUUUUCACCCGAGGAUACAACCAAUGGAGAUGAUCCGCUGAUGGGAGAACUGAAUGCUAAGGACAAGCUGGUAUGUCCAUCUGAUACUGUGUAUGAAGCUAUUCUGAAGCAGCUGGAAGAAAGACUGGAGGAAGGUCAAGGAGAAACAAUCUAUACUGUUGGGCAAGGAGGUGAUGGGACCAAGAGUGGAUUGAGUCCUGAUGAGGUGGCGGCAUCGGCAGCAACCCUGGAACGGAUGGCACAAAGUAUAGAGGCUGAUGUGGUGCUGUUGAGAGAAAGGGACGUUGAGAAUGGAACAGUGGCUGAUUACCUGGUGAGAAGAAGAGCAGAUGAUGAAGACUUCUAUGAAGUCAGGGUUGCAGUAGUGGGCAAUGUGGAUGCAGGGAAGAGUACUCUGCUUGGUGUAUUAACCCACGGUGAACUGGACAACGGGAGGGGAUUUGCAAGACAGAAGCUCUUCAGGCAUAAACACGAGAUGGAAUCGGGAAGGACAAGCAGCGUAGGGAAUGACAUAUUGGGAUUCGACAGCAAAGGAGAAGUAGUCAACAAGCCAGAUUCCCACGGUGGGAGUCUGGACUGGGUAAGGAUCUGUGAGAAUUCAUCCAAAGUGAUCACCUUCAUUGACUUGGCUGGCCAUGAGAAAUACCUGAAAACAACUGUCUUUGGCAUGACGGGUCAUGCACCAGACUUUGGCAUGCUCAUGGUUGGCAGCAAUGCUGGAGUGAUCGGUAUGACCAAGGAGCACCUGGGUCUUGCCCUGGCCCUGAGCGUCCCAGUCUUUGUGGUGGUCACCAAGAUCGACAUGUGCCCUCCCAAUGUCCUGCAGGAUACCCUAAAACUCCUGCAGAGGAUACUGAAGUCUCCUGGCUGCAGGAAGAUACCUGUCCUCGUCAACAGCAAGGAGGAUGUCGUCAUGAUGGCUACUAACUUCAGCUCGGAGAGAGUGUGCCCUAUCUUCCAGGUGUCCAAUGUGACUGGUGAGAACCUAGGCCUACUCAAGAUGUUCCUCAACCUGCUGACCACUAGGACGAUGUUUGAUGAGAAUGAACCAGCAGAGUUUCAAAUUGACGAGACAUACUCUGUACCGGGAGUUGGAACAGUCGUAUCAGGGACGACGUUAAAGGGAACGGUCAGAAUAAAUGAUGUCCUGGCCCUUGGUCCUGAUUCUCAUGGUCACUUCCAGCAGGUCAUCAUCAAGAGUAUUCACAGAAAACGUAUGCCGGUCAAGAUGGUUCGAGGUGGACAAACAGCAUCUUUUGCUCUGAAGAAGCAAAUCAAACGCUCCCAAGUUCGGAAAGGAAUGGUAAUGGUUUCGCCUGAAAUCAAUCCUGUUGCAUGCUGGGAGUUUGAGGGUGAAAUCCUGGUCCUCCAUCACCCAACAACGAUAAGCACUCGUUAUCAAGCCAUGGUUCACGUAGGGAGCACACGCCAGACUGCCUCUAUAAUCUCUAUGAGUGUUGAUCACUUACGGACGGGAGACAAGGCAACAGUACGCUUUAGAUUCAUCAAGAACCCAGAGUAUCUCAAGGCUGAUUGCAGAAUGGUUUUCAGGGAAGGCAGAACGAAAGCAGUUGGCAAGAUCACCAAGAUACUUCCCCAUGCGCCUGCCACUGAAAACAAACAAAAGCACAAGAUCGGCAAAGGGAGGGGGCAUCACCACACGGGGCCAAAGCCUUCAGACCAUGCCACAGCUGGUGCAGGAAGGGGGACUGGACGUAGGGGGCGUCAUAAAGGAAGGGGCGCCGGGGAUCUCGGAGCCACUCCGUCUCCUAAAACAACCCUCGUUGUUGGGGCAUCGUAAUGCUACCUUCAGUCUUCAUACAUACAGCAUGGGAGGGAUUUAGUUCAUCGUCUUCAAGAAGCAGCCCACCUUUCGAGGGCAGUGCUUGUUAAGUUUUCUGCAUACCGUCAUAUGCAUUGAUAUCUUGUUAUUGUGUAAGGCAACCCUUUCCAGACUACAUCCUUGUAAACUCAGAAUUUCACUGCAUAGCGUUAUUACAGGCAAUUGGUGAUAAUGCUUACAACUACAAUUUUGGAAAACUUUUGAGUUCAAAUAUUGUGAAUCACUAUUAUUAUUUAAUGUCAUGUGAUGUUGCAAUGGUGAUGAAACUCUCCUAAAAGGCAGAAAUUUACACUUUCAUAUAAUACCAAGAGCCGAUUAUGGCAAAAUCUUUUCAGCUUAGGUCUAGGUGUACAAUUGUAAUUAACCCUGUGCUGUAAGAAAAAUCUUAAGGGUUUUGCAGACAUGGGCAGCCGCAAUCAUAUAAACUUUAUAUAUGCAAGGACCUCUGUAUUAUUAUUGAAUACUUUGAAGACAAGAAAAGCACGGAGAGCUGACGACCAGAUGGAUGGAUGAUCUACGUAAAAUUACAUUUUUGAGAGUACCGUAAUAUACCCAUCUACAUGAUAGUGUUUAAACAUUUAUCUUCGAGCCGUCUUGUCACCAUUAAAUGGAAUUUGAGCUAUUUUACCAGGAAAUUUUAUGCAUGGAGAUAGGUCUAGUGGAGUUAAGUCAGAAUCCUUGACGAUACGUACAAUUGAACAUUAAAUGGAACAAAAUAGAGAUGUAAUUAGAGGACCAUUAACCAGGAUGGGUAUGUAGGGAGACACUAACAGAAUAAUUAGGAUGUAUUAAGCACUCGAAUGGGGGGGGGGGGGUGGGUCAAUGAAAUCAAGUGAAGAUAUCAAGCUGAAGUUGAGACAAAGUUCUCUUUUUAAAUUGCAAUGUAGAUAGUACAUUUGUAGAUAUUCUCAUAACAGAUUUUCAUUUUUAUGCAUUUUUUUUCUUCUGUAAUUUUGUUUCUUCCAGUUUGAAGUUUUUUUUUUUUUUUUUUUACACGGGAGUGCUCUUGUGUAGAUCUUUUGUUGCCUGGACAUGUAUGAUGAUAGCCAUGAGAAUUGCAUAGUACAAGUUUUUUUCUUCUCCUUUUUACCCCUCCGACUACAGGACUUGGCCUUGCCUUGCAUAGUUUUCUUGUAACCAAGGAGCAUGCGGAUUGAUCAAAACAAUGACCUAUGCACAAGUGUUGAUUGUGUUGGCAAAAAUUUAACAAAUGCAGUCAUUUCAAUUGCAUAUUUGAGCAGGUGUGAGUAAAUUAUCGGUAUUUUGCUUCCCCUGAUUUUAGUGCUUAUUGUGCCUGUGUUUAUAAACCACAAACUACCACAAUAUUGCAGUUGGUGUUAAUGAUCUGGAUCACGUGAAAGAGAAUGCUCGGGACUGAAGUUCAUAAGUGAGGCAGCUCAUGGCUUCAUAAUUCAAUGGAACAAUUGGUACUCUUUGCAAGGUGGGGCCUUGUCCUUUUUCCAAUCAUAUUUAUGGGGCUCAAAUAUUUAGUAGUCAGAGGGUAAAUAUCGGGAAUGAACGCGGCUAGGCGAAACUGCGCAACCUUCAGAAGUGUUGGCAAUUCAUUAAACGAGGUAUCGCAGCUGUGUACAAAACACCAUGAGAUUGGCUUGUAGAUCAAGACAGGAAUUGACAUGAAUAUCAUGGUCAAAUUAAUUUUUUUUUCUCAGACUUAACUGAUUAAAGGUGCAAAAUGCAUUUUAACAGAUAUUUUUAAUAUCAUACACAUCUGUUAAAUUCAAAGAUAUAUUUAUUGCAUACUCGCGUGUAGUACAAGAGUUCAACAUUCUUAUGAAUCAACAUCUCUGUAAUUGAGCCCUUUUUUCAUUUUAUUAUUCAUGAAUAGGUUUGUUGCUUAUUAUAUGCACUUUAGACUUACUUUUUUGCUAUAAUUCUGUAUUUUCAUCUUUUAUUUCAUUUUCCUUUUAUUGGGGUUAACAUGAGAACAUUCACUGAUAUUCUGAUAAGCAGGCCUUACUUGGGAGAAAGGGAAAACAUGUUACUGGCUACUAUGAAAUUAAUAACAUAGCUGCCAUGAGAUUAAUAUGAAUCACAUUGAAAUCUAAAUUAUGAUAGAAUAAAGAAUGAAAACAAUUAUAAAUAUUUGCAGUCUACUAAAUCAGUGAAAUAUUUGGAAACAAUCAUUUGAAUUCAUAUCAGAUAGAGAAAAAAAGAGGGAGAUGAAUGUGUGGCAAGAUAUGAAGCAGUUAUUAGUUUAUGCCAAAAUAAAUGUUCAUUGUAUUAUUAGAA